CCCCGGGCGCGGGAAAGUUUGCCCGCCGAUUUUACAAAGACCAGGCCUGACACAGAUGGAAAUAGAUAACAAGUCGGCUAUUCUGUCUAAGACAAUUGAUCUCACCGCGAGUUCCACGACUGCCAAUUGAACUCCUUGCUUCAAGCACCCUGACCACUGAUUGAAAAAAAAAAACGGAGAAAACAACUUUUUCUGUAGAGAGUUAUGACAAAUACAAGACCACAAAGGCCGCUUUUUACACGGCCAUCUGUGGCGCUUGAACCCCGCUGUUACACUCAAAGUCGCACCGCUGUCUGUGUACUCGAUCUGGUCCCUUUCAAAAACAAUAUGUGCAUUUGGCACCUUCCCUAUAACCUUUUUGGCACCUUCUUGUAAAGUCAGCCUUUUCAGAUAGAAAGUCAAUACCGCAUUGUCAUUGAGAUUCAGCCUUCGAGACGCUAAUCGUCGAAUUGGUUUGAUCCUGCAAAAGACGGACAUGAAGCUCCUCCUCCCUAACUUGACUGACCAAUCGGAACUAGAGACACGCCUACUGCUGUUGGUUUGAAAUCAAACCGUUGCGAAGAUUCUGUCUCAGUGUCUUUAGUAUUUGUACGGCGAACACUUCCAAACCGACGUCCGAGAUUCCGACUCUUGCGAAAAUGAGCGAUCACCACGCGGCAAGAUUCAACAACGAAGAGCUUUGUGCAUGGUUGCGGGACAACCCCUCACAGUUCAAGAAUGAUGAGGACAUGGAGGCUAUUUGUGAGGCAAUGAGAGUGAAUCAGAUCGAUGGGGAAUCCUUCGUUGACUUGGCGGAGGCUGACAUCACAGGCCUCUUCCCAGAUGGAACGACAAGGUAUAUCUUGAGGAGGAAACAAGUCAGGGACAUCGUCUUCAAAUCGGGUAAGAAGAAUGCGGAGGUGCCACGUGCACCCGAGAGGAUCUCUGUACAACCGGUAGAGUUCAUGCUUGUACAGACACCAGGCAUCAGAGACCCAAAGAUCGAAGAUCGGAUCUACCACAAUGUUGUUCAAGACCAGGUGGCGGUGAUGGUCACCAUCACACAACAGCUCACCCCGCCGAGAAAACCAACAUCUGCAGAGUUGGAGCAUGUGGCCCGUCGCCUGGUACAGAUGUAUCCGGGGUUGAGGGGUGUCGGCGAGGAGGGAAAGGAUGCACAUAUUCUCCUUUACAAUAGGAUGAAAAAGAGGAUGUACAACAAGACACCAAGCAAGAGUUCCGGUAGUUCCAAGAAGAAAAAAGGGUCCACAGGUCCAACCACUCUGAGGCGAAGCCCCAGGAAGCACAAGCGGCGGGAUCAGGAGGACCCUCACCAGCCACAGCCAGACAUGUCUAAUGGUGCUGGACCGAGCAAAGCGGGCACACCUGCUGGACAAAGCAAAGCGGGUGCAUCAUCUGGACCCAGCAAAGCGGGCACGCCUGCUGGACAAAGCAAAGCGGGUGCAUCAUCUGGACCCAGCAAAGCGGGCACACCUGCUGGACAAAGCAAAGCGGGUGCAUCAUCUGGACCUAGCAAAACGGGCACAGCUGCUGGACAGAGCAAAGUGGAUGCAUCUGCUGGACCAAGCAAACCAAAGAAGGCACGGAGAGAGCUGUUGCUAGGUCAGGGAGAGCAGGCAGACCAAAAUGAGACUCCCUAUACCUUGGAGCGGCACGCUGCCCUUCUACAGAAGGAGUUGGACAAGAAGCACCCCAAGUACGACACUGUCAAACAGCUGCUGGACCUGGAGUUCCCUUUGCGGAGGGAGUUUGCCUCCAGCAUCAAAGACCCUGCGGCAAGGACAGUCCAAGUCCUCCAGCGUUAUCCCUGUUUCGGGGAGUCAUGCCAUUUGCAGGAUGAACUGAGGCGCUAUGUCGCACCAGACGACAAUAGCUUCCUCCGCAACCUCAAGCAGAAGUUGCCUCGGGAGGCGGAGAUCCUUGUCAAUUAUGCCGUAAGAGAAGGUGUUGCCAAACCAGCCAACACGGCCGGCUGGUCAGAUGGCAAAAAGGUGAGGAAAGCCCUCCAGGUUCUACCUGAACUGUUCAAGGGAGCCACCUCUCCUCCUCUCCCGCUGAAGGAAAUGCUCAUAGUGUUCCUCAAGAGCAACGGCAGUGUGACGGAGGAGAUGAAGAGAAGUAAGAAGAGAACAGCGUUCCUGGUAGUGAAGCAGUCUGCAGACACUAAUGUACCCAAGGUUUACGUGGUGCUCCAUGGGAAAGCCAUGGCUGUGUGCGGGUCGGUGGUGGAGGGGUUUGUGUCCCUCAUUGGGGCACUUUACUGCUUCCAGCAGCCCCACCCCGCCAGCAUUGCACCAGCCAUGGUCUUCAUCGAGCACCACGUGCUCCAGGAUGGCAACCUAAACAAAGGCGACUUGAAGCCUAUCUUUAAGAGGCCUUACUCAAGGUACCAGUCGUUCAGGGAUGCUGGUGAGACCGGGAGCGACACAGAGUAGUUUGCAGGGCUCUAGCCAGGAUUUCAUUUUAGCGUAGUGGGAAUGGCAUGGUAGCAAAGCGAUCAAUCCAGAGAUUGGUGUGGUAGGGGGUCUUGGCCCUUCCACAGUGAGAUUUUGACAAUGUAGAGUUAAAAGGUGGCACUCUGUUAACAUCACAUGUAAUUUGAAUGACUUUUUGGUCAGUGUUGUAUGGCAUAUCAUCUUUUUUAUUGUUCAGACAUUGAUUAUUAGACAUUGUUCAACAAGCAAAUGAUAGCAAAGCACCACCACACUAGUUAAAAAUUAGCAUAGUGGCCUGUAUUUUAGCGAAGUGGUCACAAAUUACUAGCUAGAACCUGGUUUGAUAGUAUAGUAGUUUUGCAUGUGUGAAUAAAGGUCAAAACAACAGAUUGUGAUGAUUGUGCUAGUCUUCCAUUCACGGCAGUAUACAGAUUGCCAACAAUAAAGUAGGACUACUUAAUGAG